UGUUUUUAAGCGUUUAGCUCUUAGAGUUGACGAUUUGAUUUUUGUCUGUUGUUUUGUAUCAUAAUGGGGAGUGAUGAGAAUAAAAGAGGAAGCACUGUUUUGAAACCUACCGAAAGAAAUAUUUUCGAAGUCUCUGGGGAUGCUGAGGCAAAAUUAGGUUGCAGAUGUGGACUGUGUGCAUUUACCUCCAGCAUGGAACUACUGUGUAAGUCUCUAAGCUUACACCUGUGCAAUUUCAAACACUCUUCAUGGAUGUCAGAAGAAUUCUAAUGAAUUAUUCAUUGCCAGCACCAUUAUACCAGUUGGAAUGAGUUAUCAGAAAUGGGCAUAGCGCAUUUAGAUCCAACAUGUAACAGAUGGAUAUUACUUCGUGCUGAUUACUUCUUCAAGCCAACACCUUUCUGAUUGUAUAGGAUCUUUGUCUCUUCAUCUUUGAAUUCCAGUUACUGGCAAAUAAAAGAAGUUCAUGUAGUUUUUGUCCAAACUUAAGUCACCAUGAGUAGUAGUUUAGGAAAAGAAAAAGACUCUAAAGAGAAAGAUCCCAAAGUACCAUCAGCCAAGGAAAGAGAAAAGGAGGCAAAAGCCUCUGGAGGUUUUGGGAAAGAAAGCAAAGAAAAAGAACCUAAGACCAAAGGGAAUACCAAAGACGGAAAGAAAGACUCCAGUGCUGCCCAACCUGGGGUGGCUUUUUCAGUUGACAAUACUAUCAAACGGCCAAAUCCAGCUCCUGGUACUAGGAAAAAAUCCAGCAAUGCAGAGGUAAUUAAAGAGCUCAACAAAUGCCGGGAAGAGAAUUCAAUGCGUUUGGACUUAUCCAAGAGGUCUAUACAUAUAUUGCCGACAUCAAUCAAAGAGUUGACUCAAUUAACAGAACUUUAUUUAUACAGUAACAAAUUGCAGUCCCUCCCAGCAGAGGUGGGCUGUCUAGUAAAUCUCAUGACACUGGCUUUAAGUGAAAAUUCACUUACCAGUUUGCCUGACUCUCUUGAUAACUUGAAGAAGCUACGGAUGCUUGAUUUACGACAUAAUAAACUGAGAGAAAUUCCUUCAGUGGUAUAUAGGCUAGAUUCCCUCACUACUCUAUACCUUCGCUUUAAUCGUAUAACUACUGUGGAAAAGGACAUAAAAAACCUGCCAAAACUCAUCAUGCUUAGCAUUCGAGAGAACAAAAUCAAACAACUACCUGCUGAAAUUGGUGAAUUAUGUAACCUCAUUACGCUGGAUGUAGCUCACAAUCAACUUGAACACCUUCCAAAGGAGAUUGGAAACUGUACACAGAUAACCAACCUUGACUUACAGCACAAUGAACUGCUAGAUCUCCCAGAUACUAUAGGAAACCUGUGCAGUUUAAAUCGUCUUGGUCUGAGAUAUAACAGACUGUCAGCAAUACCCAGAUCAUUAGCAAAAUGCAGUGCACUUGAAGAAUUAAAUUUAGAGAACAAUAACAUUUCUACUUUACCAGAGAGUCUUUUAUCGAGUCUUGUGAAACUGAACAGUCUGACCUUAGCUAGAAAUUGCUUUCAGUUAUAUCCAGUAGGUGGUCCAUCUCAGUUUUCCACCAUCUAUUCCCUCAACAUGGAACACAAUCGAAUCAAUAAAAUCCCAUUUGGAAUUUUCUCCAGAGCUAAAGUGUUAAGUAAGCUGAAUAUGAAGGACAAUCAGUUAACUUCACUUCCUUUGGACUUUGGAACUUGGACCAGUAUGGUAGAAUUGAAUUUAGCUACUAAUCAGCUCACAAAGAUCCCUGAGGAUGUAUCUGGUCUCAUUUCUCUCGAGGUUCUCAUAUUAUCAAACAAUCUUCUAAAGAAGCUUCCUCAUGGUCUUGGAAACCUUAGGAAGUUGAGAGAGUUGGAUCUAGAAGAGAACAAAUUGGAAUCCUUACCAAAUGAAAUUGCAUAUCUUAAGGAUUUACAGAAGUUGGUCUUGACAAACAACCAGUUGACGACUCUUCCCAGAGGCAUUGGUCACCUUACAAAUCUCACACAUCUAGGCCUUGGAGAGAACCUACUUACUCAUCUUCCUGAGGAAAUUGGUACACUGGAGAACCUAGAAGAACUAUAUUUGAAUGACAACCCCAAUCUGCAUAGCCUUCCCUUUGAGCUGGCUCUCUGCAGCAAGCUUUCAAUCAUGAGUAUUGAGAACUGUCCACUCAGUCACCUUCCACCUCAGAUCGUUGCUGGGGGACCUUCUUUCAUCAUUCAGUUCCUAAAGAUGCAGGGUCCAUAUCGUGCCAUGGUCUGAUAAAAAAUCUGCUGGUCUCACACACUGUUCAAAUAGACUGCCAUUAAUGUUUCAUACCUAUAUCUGUAUCUAUUUAUGUAGAUAUUGAUAUAUAAGGCAGAUUUUAAAGACUGCAUUAUGUGUUUCUGCUAAUAGAGGAAUCAUAGCCAUUUAGUUUUUUUUUUUAAUUUUGUACAAAAGGCUUAUAUAAGUUUUCUUGCUGAAUUUGAUGGAUAUUUUUCAGUCAUGUAAUCUGAUAUGCCAGUUUGCUUAAAAUAUUUGCCAACAAAUUAUGAAGUUAUUAAAGAACAGAGGUAGUAUAGUUAUACUUUCUCUUAGAAAAAAUAAUGGGCAAACAAGUUUUUUUUUGCAACUUUUCAUACACAUUUUCCCCUUACCAGUUGUCAGAUCUUUAUAGUAUCAUAGGUCUUAAAGGCAGAAUUUUUCUUUAACUUAUUAUGAGAUUUGAAAUUUAAAUUUUUUAAUAUUGUUUACAGUCAGAGUAAAUCACUGGAUUUCUCCCCCCCCCUUUUUUUUGGUUUUGAUUUGCUCUGUUUUAAUCAGUCAAAUCUAGAGUUUAUAUCCUCUGCUAAAUCAUUUGUGUCAGCUGAUUUAAACAUUGAGAUCCUUGUUGAAACAACUGGCAAAGUAAAAAGAUGCAGUCAGAAAUCUAGAAUUCCUUUUAUUGUGCUUCUUUCAUGAGUUGUAAAGCAAAUGAAUCUGGGUAGGGAGAGGGUAUAAGACCUUUCUAGUGUAAAUAUCUUAAGUUUGGGGAAACAGGAACUUGCGGUGAAAAGGAAUUUUUUCAAAUCAGUGACAGAUCCACAAAAACUAACAGCAUAAUUUGGCAAAUGAAUGAAUGAAUGAAUAAAUUACACAUAAACACACACAUUCUAUAUAUGUAUAUACAAUGCUAUAUAGAUAUGUAUUUAUUAUAUCAUAAACUACAGUAGGUAACUUUAAGGAUUUUUCCCUAUCCUUGUACAAUGAUAUGAAUGUCUUUCUUUGAAAACUGCAAUAUAUGUAUGUUUCAAGGUUAUUUAACAGUGUACUAUGGUUUUAUAUCUUGACUUGCCUUGUAUAUCUUUCAAUUCUGGAAUAUCUGCGUCUAAGCACAAUAUCUUCACACUGUGCUGUAUUGCUGCUGAACUAAAUGCACUUUUCCCCACAUAUGGGGCACUGGCUUCAAACAAUUCAGUUCAGUACCAUUACUUUUAAUCUCAUUUUUCUUUCUUGGUAGUUGUUAAUAUAGUUAUGGAAAAGAGCACAUUGCAAAGAAGCCAUUGAUAGUUCAGUGGAAGUUCUCUGUAAAAUGUGCAUGUGCUGUUUUUUGUUCUACCUUUUUAAAGACUAGCAGUAUUGUAAAUGUGUGCCCCUUACACAGUACUCUUAUUUUUGGUAGUGUUGGUCUAUGUCAGUUUAAUUAUUGAGGACACUCACAGAGUAAGUGCAUUCUAGAUAUCCUAAAAAAUACUUUCCAUAUGAUGAGUAACUGUUAUAUAUAAUUACAUAUUGCUGCUUAUGUUUUUAUUUUCUUUUUCAUUUAGUUGGGCAUUGUGUUUUAAACAAAAACAAUUUUUAAAUUAAGGCUAUGAUUUCAAGAUAGAAAUUUAGGCUAUUGUUUUGCUUUUCCUGGCACUCAAAUUCAGUACUAGGUUUGAAGUAAAAUCUUUGUUUUUAAUUGGCAGUUUUAUAAGGAGGAACUAAGAAAUGGAAGGCAGGUGAAGAUAUAAAACCCUAGAAUGCUUAAAUGUGCUGUAAAACUAUUGUAGAUGUCACUGGAUUUUACCAAGUAAUAAUCCUUUUUUUCUUUUUUUUCCCCUCUACUGUGGCUUUUCAUUUAAAAUUUUGUUUAUAAAAGGAAUUUGUUUAUUACUGCUCUA